AUGUUUGGAAUCAAAAACGUUGCAGUCGCACACAGGGUCUUUGCUAAUCCGGAGGACGCUGCCAUGGUGAACAAGGAGCUGCAACCCGUCCUCAACGAUCCGGAUGUGGAACGUGUUCGUCGGGCCCACUUGAACGAUCUGGAAAACAUCUUGCCGUUCUUUCUGAUCUGCUUCCUAUACCUGUUAACCGGGCCGAAUGUGACGUUAGCCAAGAAUCUCAUCCGGGCGGCAGCUUUUGGCCGGAUUCUUCAUUCGCUGGUGUACGCCGUGAUCGUCAUCCCUCAGCCAGCCCGAUUGCUAAGCUUCUUGCUGACCCUGAUCAUUACCCUCUACAUGCUCCUGCAGUGUGCGGUUUACUAUUUUUAAGAGCCUUUUCAUCAUCCACCGCUGCGGAGAGUACCAUCGCUUGCAGCCGGCGAUUUGGAAAUACAUUGUGGUGCAGCUCAAGAAAACCAUUUUCAGAUGGGAAACCUCU